AUGACUAAAACAUACUUGUUAUUCGAGACAGCGGCCGGUUAUGGUCUCUAUCAGGUGGAUAAUUGGGACCAAAUCGGCCAUGAUGCCUCCUUGGAAGAGAUGAUGUUGAGUCAAGACAAGUUUACAGCAACGGUAAAGUUUAAGGCGUUCCAGCCUUUUGGAACCGCCUCUGAAGCCCUAGAAAAUAUGAGAAGUUUAAUAGAAGGCCAAGUUACAGUGCUAUUGUCAUCGUUUUUGAGUCAGAAUCUACCAAAGAAGGAAUCAGAUUAUUCUUUGGCCGUAGUAGAUGCAACUUUGGGAAAGAGUUUGUCGCAAAAGGGUUUUAAAGUUAUUUAUGACUCAAACGUACUGGAACUUAUAAGAGGAUGUAGACUUUAUGAAACAAAUAGGUUGACAAAGUUGGCCUCUGGCGGUACUACAUUCGAUAUGCACAACUUCCAAAUAGGUCUGGGACACAGCUAUAGCAGAAGCAAACUUAAAUUCGACCCUGCAAAACAGGAUAAACCAAUCAUAAAUUCAGUGGCACUGCUUGACUCUUUAACCAAGAACUUAAAUGCCUUCUUUAUGAGAGCCCGUGAGUGGUAUGGCUGGCAUUUCCCAGAGCUAUAUCAAAUCGUUAGUGACAAUGUGAAAUUUUGUCAAGUUUUAAAGGCCAUAAAGAAAAAGGAACAGUAUAAUUUUGAUGAUCUUGAGGAACUAACAAAUAUAACAGGAAGCGAAGAAAUUGCCUUGUCAAUCAAAAAGGCUUCUAGGCAGUCGAUCGGACACGAACUGACCGAUUCUGAUAUGCUGAAUAUUGAAAGUUUUGCCGAUCAAGUCAUCAAGCUUGACAAAAUGAAGAACAACCUGAGUGAAUACUUGGAUACAAAGGUAUCUCUCGUUGCACCAAACCUCAAUACCAUUGUUGGACCUGUGGUUUCAGGCAGACUCAUUAGUCAUGCAGGCUCCCUUGUUAAUCUUGCAAAGGCUCCCGCAAGUACUAUACAAAUCCUAGGGGCUGAAAAGGCGCUAUUUAGGGCACUAAAAUCAAGAAGCAAAACCCCAAAAUAUGGGCUCUUGUAUCAAUCUGCAUUCAUUGGCAAGGCUACGAAUAAGCACAAGGGCAAAGCUGCUAGAUAUUUAGCAAACAAAUGUGCACUGGCCUCAAGACUAGACUGCUUCUGUGAUACCACAACUGAUGUUUAUGGCAAAAAGAUGAACGAACAAUUGACUAAACGUAUGGAAUAUCUUCUGGGCGGACCCCUACCCGAAGACAACAUGACUGUUAUGAAAGCGGCACAUGAAGAAUACAACUCUAUAAAGUCCGAGAGAAACAAGAGGGAGCGAGAAGAGGAAAAGGAAGAACAGGUGCCGAGUGAAGAGACUAAAGAACCCCUGGAGUCCGACAAGAAGAAGAAAAAGAAACAGAAAAAGAAGGAAAUCGCAAAUGAGACCGCCAAGGAGGAAGGAAAGGAAAACGACUCUGCCGGAGAUUUGGAACCUGGCGAUAAAAAGAAGAAAAAGAAAAAGAAAUCGCAAAAGGAAAAGAGUGCACAAGGUGAAAAUUAG